AUGGAUUAAUUAAGCCAAAGUUAAUAUAAAAUAAUACUAGAAUUUUAGAAUAGGUUAAGUUAAUGUAACAAUUAAUAGAAAUAGCUGCAAAUAAGAGAGGCUAACAUUGAUUAAAAUACAGAUGAAGAUGUCUCCAAUAGCUGCACUCCUGAAAAAGUUCUUCAGCCUGUUAUGCUUAAAAGCAAUUUAAAAUAAAUAAAUUAAAAUAGUUACACUAAAAAACCUUUAGAGGCAUUUAAAUGUUAAUCUUUUGCAGAACAUUUGUAUUAAAAUAGCAAUCAAACUGAAUAAAAUAGGCAACAUCAAGGCUUAAACGAAUAAUAAUAUGCUACUUUGAGUCCAUUUUAAUAAUAUUAAGUUGUAUAAAAAGAAAGAAAUAAUUAAGAAAUACAAGACACAAUAAACGCUAGCUUUAGUUAGAACUAAGCUAGACAAAACACUUAGCAAAAUUAAUUUUUAUUCCAGCAGAAACUGCAAACACAGAUAAAUUAUGAAGACGAUUAAAAUGAGGAAAAUUGUCAAUUGAAAACACAGAAAGAAAUAGGUUAAUUUAAACAGUUCGAAAAUUAAAAUAGUAGAGAAUUUGAAAAUAAUUAAAAUACUAAUGAAGAUGAAGAUAAUGAGUAUAAAUAAGUUCUAUCUAGUGAAAGAAAAUAAAAUUUAUAUGUAGUGUGGUAGUUAAACUAAAAAAGAAGUAGGCAAUAUUCUUUGUAAGAAGAAUAGCUGCAAAAAAUAGUAGAUUAAGAAGAAUAACUUUAGAAUAAAACAUUUUAAAUUCAAUCUGAUUAUCAAUAAAGUAAAGAACAAGAAACAUAUUAAAACAAAAGUGUUAGAAAUUAGCAAUAAAAAAUAUUUGAUUGCGAUUUAAAUGCUAAAAGAAUCAAUCAAGCCAGUCAAUAAUAAGAAUGUUAUUAAAGGUUCAUUGAUGUGGACAAAGAAAAUUAUAUUCCAAAUACAAAUUUAUAAGCUGCAAAAGAACAAUUGCUUAGAGAAAUAAAUGAAAGCAACUAAAAGGAGUAAUAGGCAGCUAAUUAUAAGGUAAAUUAACAAAAUGUCUUACAAUCGAGAGAUUAAAGUCUCAAAUCUACUAGCUAAUUUGGUAAUCAAAAUAUACCAACUAAUCGUAGUAAGAGAACUUUUUCUGUAGAAAAUGUAGCUAAAAAUUAAAUCAGUCAAUAGCAGCCAUUAAUUUAGUUCAAAUAAUUGUCAAACAUGGACACAAUUUAAGGAUAAAAUUAAAUGAGCCAUCAGGUUUCUUUUGGAUAGUCUUUAAAUAUAGAACAAGCAAUUAAGCAAGAUGUUAAUGUAAAGUUUGAAGUAAAGAAUGCAUAGAAAUCAAGAAUUCAAGUUGCAAGCAUUAAAGAAAUAGAAAAGCUUAUUACACAAUAAGAUAAUCAUCCCUCAGAGUUAAGUAUAAUUCCUUAGCAGGAAUUUUCUUCAAGAUAGCCUUCUUAGAGAAACUCUUCUUAAAAAAGCUUGAAGAAAAAUUAACAAAGUGUCCAGUCUAGCUAAUUAAAAUAGUUGCCUCCCAAAUCAGCCAAAAAUGGAAGGUAAAAAAAAUUAUAACAAUAAAUCUAAUUUAAUUAUUUGAAAUAAAAUAAAAAAGUUAAUUGA